AUGGGCAAUAGUGGGAGUCAGUAUCCAGCGGUCACAGAAGUACAACCAAACGAACAAUGGGUCCACUCGUUCCCAAGGACGCAGCAUCCACAACCAAAACACAAUUUCCAACACAAGGUACUGCCAGAAAGAAACGCUCAUUUAAAACUUAGGUCGACUAAUAAUGGAGAGAUACUACAUUCCGGUGGCACCAUCAGCGGAAGACAUGCCAAGUUUACGGACGAAAUUAAGGAAAAAUGUGUGAGAGAACGUAGUGCACCUUUUGACGACAGUAGUUCCAACGAUGGAAGAGAGUUGAUGAGAGAGAAGGACAGUUCCCGCAAAAUCGCUCACCAGGGAGUCAAACAUAAGCUCAAUAAUAAUGUUUCUAGUCAACAGAUAAAAUCGUUUGCAUCAGAACCCGAUCUAAGGUAUACGCCGAUGCAUGGUAAUCACGAUUAUAGAGACAAGAAAUCAAAGAAAAAGUACAAAGCACCUUCUCCUCCACGAAAGUAUAUGGUGGGCAGCGACAAGCAAUCAUCUGGAAAAGAAGAUUUUAAUCCUGGUCUACCCAUUAGAAAAGCAAGGUUAUUUAAAACCAGAGCGGAAACGAAAAAAAAAUCUAGUCAUUUAAAUGAAACCUCAGACGAAUAUGCCAGUCCCAAUAAUACUACUAAAGCCAACGAAAAAUCUAAGCGACUCUCCUUGCCAGAGGUUAAGCUGAUCGACUCCAAUGACUUUUACAAAGAGCUUAAAGAUGCAACAAACAGAUUAAGACACGUAGAAGUAGAUGAGUGUAAACCAGAACCCAGUAGUAGUAAUAGAACAAAGUUGCAGACUCUCGAUCCGAAUAUUUCUAGUAGCAAAGAUUUGAAAGAAAGAUUAAUGGAAAAAAUUGAAAACCGGCAGUGUAAAAACCCCAUGAUAAACUGUACUAGAGAUGAAGCGUCUGGAAAGGAGUCUACCACUCCGGAUAUGUCUCCAUCUCCUACUUCUAAAGAUCUACUGUCUAAAGAUAAGCGCCCGAAACAGCUCUUUUAUUUUGGUAUGGAUGAAAAUAUAGAAGAAAACCAACCGCGUAAUGGAGUAUUUGAAAACUUCAACACAAAUAUUAGAGUACAACAUUCUUCUGAAUCAGAUAUAUCCAGCGACAUUGAAUCUGAUGAACACGAUAUUUGUAGAUCAGGGAUAGACCUACAAUUGCGACCUAUAUUACCCAAGAAACAAUUAGAAAUUCCUAGAUUUUCUCCAGCAGCAGCCUGGAGACUUCUCUCUUUAGACGCCAACGAUAAUACGACAGGGACAAUGAUAAGUGACGAUACACCUUUGCUGAUGGAAGAUCACAUUGAAAAAUAUUCCAGACCACCACCACCAUUAGUCAAUGUUGGUCAGAGAUUUAGUAAUGAUAAAUCUGGAGAUUCUGGGAUAUCUGGAGAUGAUGGAGAUGCUGUGAUACCUAUUGCUUAUUGCUACGACGAUGUUACCUCUGCCAACGAUACCAAUACGGCAAUGCAAAAAAAUAAAAUUCCCAUAAAAUACUUAAACAAACCGGAGAGGAUCUCCUGGACCCCUCAACAAGAUUUGGGAGAUGAUUCUAGUAUAGAUGAAGAUCUUCAGAAUGAAAAGUUGUUACAAACAAUAAGGCCACGUGAUGGUCCCCAUACUUUUAGCUUAUCCUUACCCAGAGAUAACCGUCUAGCGUCGUAUAUGGUUGAAAAGAACAAUAUACCCCAUUAUAGUGGUUUGCAAAAGUUUAAAAAGUCCUUAACAGGAGUCCUGGGUAAUUUAUCAAACAAAAAAGAAUUUCUUGAAUCCAACGUGCUAGAUGAAAAAAGUGCCAAUUGGUUUUUGAGCAAAUCUGCUCCAAAUUCCUUAACUCACACGUUCCAUUCUUUGGAAAGACAUCGAAUGCAAGACACUGAGGAUCAGCCAUACCCCUCCCAUGCCAAUGCAUCAGCUAGAAUCAUAUAUUUACCUGAAAUAGAUCUUGAUUUUAACAAUGACCGAUACCAACGCCCUAUGAAAAACUACAAAUAUUCCCAAUAUUCAAAAUCUUGUGAAGAUAUCGGACUAGAAUUAGAAAAGCAUCAUCCACAGGAGCUCCAAGAUCCUCCCAUUAGCCACGAUGACUCAUCCUGGAAAAUUAAAAGAAAACCUAAAAAGUAUACCUUUCAAAGUACAAUACGGCAGAUAGAAAAGAAACGGUUAUCAGACAAAUUGUCAAGGGAAGCCGAAAAGCGAGAGAGAAAAAGAAUAAGAGAAUUAGAGGCCAUGCAGAAAGUUGAAGAAGAAUUUCAGAAGAAGAGAGCAAGGGAGAAGGCUAAUAUUCGGCAACAGUUAAGGUUAUUUUCGAUGGAUGAUAAUUCUGGAUGGCAUAGUUUACCUCCAAACUUUGAACUCGAUCACAAAGAGCGGCGAUCGGAACCAGAUGGGGCAUUUUCUUCAGUGUGUACUUCGUCGUGUUCAACUAACAACACAUACAAUCAAGGGUGCCAAGAUAUGAGCUAUCAUAAAUCUUCUAAUACGGAAACGAAACAGACAUCUUACACACGUGAAUUAUCUGAAUAUAGACAAACACAACGAGACUAUAGAGACUAUAAUAGCAAUUUAAAGUAUACUCACGACAAAGGACACUCAAGGCAAACCACAAUUCAUCCUCAAGUCAGCUGUAAUAUGCCGAAAGUGAAAGGUUUAAAAGUAAAGGACGAUCACAAUUAUCGAAAAGAAUUUGUAGCGGGAGUUAGAAGUUUGUUAUCUAACGGAAGCACUCACUCUGAAGACUCUCAAAACUAUUCAAAUAAAAAUCCGCACAGAAACAAAUCAGUUGCUCCAGGUUAUAACAGUUACUUACCAAGUUAA